CGGUGAUGUUCAGCAUCCCGGUGCGCAUGCGCACACCCCAUCCGCCAAUCAGCUGACUUGAGAAAGAUGCUAGCAAGGCUGAAUUGAAGGACCGCCGCGUCUAAACGCCACAAUUAUUACCAAUAAUAAUACUUUUCUGUGAUGUGAAUGGGAAUCUGCGACCUUUUGACUGAAUCGCACCGAGACAUCACACGGUGAAGCCUUUUCACGUUUCGUACUCCUCCCAGUUUUAGUUGAAGCAUCCCAGCCGCCUGAGAGCAGCAGCCAUGACGGAGUUCUGGUUGAUUUCGGCGCCGGGUGAGAAGACGUGUCAACAGACGUGGGACAAGCUGAUGGUGGCCACCACGCGCGCCAACAACCUCUCCGCUAACACCAAGUUCAACAUCCCUGACCUCAAGGUGGGCACGCUGGACGUCCUGGUGGGUCUGUCGGACGAGCUGGCCAAGCUGGACACGUUUGUGGAAAGCGUGGUGAAGAAAGUGGCUCAGUACAUGGCCGACGUCCUGGAGGACAGCCGGGACAAAGUUCAGGAGAACCUGCUGGCCAACGGACUGGACCUGGUCACUUACAUCACCCGGUUCCAGUGGGACAUGGCCAAGUAUCCCAUCAAGCAGUCGCUGAAGAACAUCUCCGAGAUCAUCUCCAAGCAAGCGACGCAGAUCGACAACGACCUGAAGGCCCGGGCGUCGGCGUACAACAACCUGAAGGGGAACCUGCAGAACCUGGAGCGGAAGAACGCGGGGAGCUUGCUGACCAGGAGCCUGGCCGACAUCGUGAAGAAAGACGACUUCGUGCUGGACUCGGAGUACCUGGUCACCAUGCUGGUGGUUGUUCCCAAGACGAGCUUCGUGGACUGGCAGAAGACGUACGAAACCCUGGCGGAGAUGGUGGUGCCGCGUUCCACAAAGUUGCUGUUCGAGGACAACGACAGCGGCCUGUUCAGCGUCACGCUCUUCCGGAAGGCCGUGGACGACUUCAAGCACAAGGCCAGGGAGAACAAGUUCACCGUGCGUGACUUCCAGUACAACGAAGAGGAGAUGAAGGCCGACAAGGAGGAGAUGACGCGCUUGUCCACCGACAAGAAGAAGCAGUUUGGCCCUCUGGUGCGGUGGCUCAAAGUCAACUUCAGCGAGGCCUUCAUCGCGUGGAUCCACAUCAAAGCGCUGCGUGUUUUCGUGGAGUCGGUCCUCAGGUACGGUCUUCCGGUGAACUUCCAGGCCAUGCUGCUGCAGCCCAACAAGAAGAACAUGAAGAAGCUGCGGGAGGUGCUGUACGACCUGUACAAGCACCUGGACAGCAGCGCCGCCAUCAUCGACGCCUCCAUGGACAUCCCCGGCCUGAACCUGAGCCAGCAGGAGUACUACCCGUACGUCUACUACAAGAUAGACUGCAACCUGCUCGACUUCAAAGUCUAGCGGCGGCGGAGGCGUCACGGUCGCGACGGGUUUUACAUUCGCCCGUUUCCCGUGCUCACCUUUGUCUAACUUGCGUUGAAAAGUCAAGAGGGAUCAAUAAAAAAAUCAAUAUUAUGAAAUAGUGGCUGUAAAACCUUCCAGAUUUACCCUCUCGCCGUCCAAAGACGUUCCAUUUUUAUCAUCGCUUCAUCGGGUAUCGUCACGGCGGUACAAAAAAAACGGAGACGUUUGUGAUAAAUAUAGUAUUUAUUUUAAGCCUCUGAAGAGUCUGUGAAUAUUUUUUUUUGACAGUGACGUGUGUCUUUAGCGUGUUUGUUUCCAGUUAGGUGUUGAUCAUUCCCCCCCCCCCCGGUUGAAGAAGCAAUACGUUUGCUGUCUGCGCGCUCCCCGUCAACUUCUCUACAUUCGAUCGGUCGUCGGACUUUUUGCGUGGACGCUGUCAUGUCGCUCUUACGUGAGUCGCGUAAACAUAUUUCAAAAGAGAAUUCAAAUAAAUGUGAACGUAAGACUCAUGUGAAAGACUGGUCGCUUUAUUUCACCUUUGAGCAACCUGAAAAAAAAAUACAUCUUAGCAACUGGAAUAAUUGCAUUUGUAUUUAUAAUUUGUUUUUGUUAGUAACCAUCAAAGGAAAUGUGUACGUAUGUUUUUUUUUUUGUUUGUUUGUUAGAUUUUUAAUCUUAUGAGAGGAAAUUUUUUUAAUGUAUUACCUAUAAAUUGGGACCAGGAUGUCAUUGUAGGGUGUGCCUAAUAUUUUAUUUUUAUAGUACGGACCUAAGUGACCUAAGCAGGAUCAUUUUACGGCGUGUCAUAAUUUGUACAUAAUAAAUGACAGGGUGUGCACUUCAUAGCUGUCACCAAGCGUUGCUGUCAUGC